UUCUCUCUCUCCAGGUUGUCCGCGCUACGUGGUUCCCCCCUCUCCCUGUCAGGAUCUAGGUCCCUGGAGAACUUCAAGGCCCUGCCACGCCCCCUGCUCCCCAGUAAAUUCGGAUGGCGCUGUAAGGGCCGCAUGGGCCCUGCGGGGCGGAGGCGCUCUGGGCCAGUCCUGCCCACCCGGCUCGGGCCGCGGAGGCCUACCCCCUGCACCCGGGUCGCCCGUUGCUUUCCCCGCGGCUGGCGCCGUCCUCACCAUGUUGCCUUCCCUGCAAGUUUCUUUCUGAUCUUCACAGUCCACUCUGCAUCCUGGGGACAACAAGACUCCAGAGCAUAAGAGAGAGCUAGAAGAUGGGAGCGGGCCUGGGCUUGCUCCCAAGUGGUGCAGUGCUGAGGUGUUUUGCAAACAACUCUUCCUUUCCCAGGAGUCCUGUUUCCAUGAUCAGCCUAGGACUCAGCCUUAGUAAUAUUUAAAGUUUAUUUAGUGUACAGUACUGGCCACCCAGAUUGUCCUGCAUUUUUGAGGGCUAGCGUCAGCUUGCAAUUCGUGGAGGGGAAGGAUGCGCUAUCCCUGGAUUUGGUACAGGCUGAGAUUUUGUCCUGACUGCGAAUUCAUUGCAGCUGGCUCCCAACUGCUGCUGGGUGUUGGGGCUUCACCAGGAGGGUAGCAUGCUCUGAACAAGUGUCAGGGAAGUAUCUUGUGCUUCCUGUAGGAGUUUCAUAUCACUGCAUCUCCAUCUCAGCACUGUGGGCAGCACAAGACCCAUCUUUCCACAUGGAAAGAAGCCUGAAAGGGGAGAGAAAAGGGUUCGAAAAUGGCUGUUAUGGAGUUAGAAAUAACCUCAGUUCUGCUGUGAAGGCUCAGACCUGCAGAAGUACACCCGCAUCACAUGACAGCAACAGAUGCAAGUUGCAGCCUGCGGUUCUGAAUGAUCAGGUGUAAAUGGACAUUCCCAUUCCCACAGUCCCGUUCUGGGUUCAAAGAAUUUGUGACAGCAGUUCGUGAAAAUCAGCGAAACACUCACCCUUAAUAUUUCUUGUGAAGCUUGUUAAAAGAUGGACACUCAAAUGGAAAAGAUGCAUAAGGCAAGCUGUGGAGUAAAUAACAUGGGUCUGUUGACAUUCAGGGAUGUGGCCAUAGAAUUCUCCAUGGAGGAGUGGAAAUGCCUGGACCCUGCUCAGAGGACUCUGUACAGGGAAGUGAUGUUGGAAAACUACAGGAACCUGGUCUGCCUGGGAAUCUCUCCUUUUGAUCUGAGUGUUGUCUCCAUGUUGGUGCAGGGGGGAGAGCCCUGGAGGGUGGAUGGCCAAGUGAAAGUAUCCGGAAACCAGAAUGAGUGGGAGUGUGUCCGAGGUGUGAACACAGAUACUUCUCCUAAAUGUGUCAUAAAAGAAAUGCCACCAGAAAGGAAAAGACAUACAGGAGCAAUGUUUCAGACAGUAAGGUUGGAAACACAUAAAAUCCAUGACAUUCAAGAAUUGUGCUUCAGAGAAAUCCAGACAAAUGUACAUGACUUUGAAUGUCAUUGCAGAGAAGAUGAAAAACUUGACACAGCAUUCUGUGUGAAUCACAAUGAAAAUCUCACAGAUAGAAGAGAUGAACAUUGUAGAAGGAAUCUAGGACAGAAACAUACUAAAAAUUGGCUUGGAGUAAGCUUUCAGUCACAUCUGCCUGAAAUUGAGGUAUUUAAAAGAGAAAAAAACAAAUGGAACGAGUGUGGCAAAUCUUUUAAGCAAGGUUCAUGCUUUACUGUGCAUCAUGUAGUCCAUGCUGGAGAAAAACAAUUUUUAUGUGAUAUGUGUGGCAAGGUCUUCAAUAAGAAAACAAACCUUAGAAAUCAUCAAAGAAUGCAUACUGGAGAGAAGCCUUACAAAUGUAGUGAAUGUGAAAAAGUUUUCAGUAAAAAGUCAUACUUAGCAAACCAUCAAAGAAUCCAUACUGGAGAAAAACCUUUCAAAUGUAAUGAAUGUGGCAAGUUCUUUAAUCAGAAAUCAAACUUUAUACGUCAUCAGACCAUUCAUACUGGUGAGAAACCUUACAGAUGUAAUGCAUGUGGCAAGGUCUUCAGUCUGAAGUCCUACCUAGCAAAUCAUCAGAGAAUCCAUUCUGGUGAGAAAUGUUACAAAUGCAAUGAAUGUGGCAAGGUCUUCAGUCAAAAGUCAAACCUAGCAAAUCAUCAAAGAAUGCAUUCUGGAGAGAAACCUUACAAGUGUAAUGAAUGUGGCAAGGUCUUCAGUCAUAAGUCACACCUUGCAAAUCACCAUAGAAUUCAUUCUGGGGAGAAACAUUUCCAAUGUAAUGAAUGUGGCAAAGUCUUUAGUCACAAUUGCUACCUUGUACAACAUCUGAGAGUACAUGCUGGAGAAAAGCCUUAUUUGUGUAAUGAAUGUGGCAAGGGCUUCAGGCACAAGUCCUACCUCACAAAUCAUCAGAGAAUUCAUACUGGAGAGAAACCUUACAAAUGUAUUUACUGUAGUAAAAUGUUCCGUCAUAGAGCCUCUCUAGCAAAGCAUCAGAGAAUCCAUACAGGAGAGAAACCUUACAAAUGUAAUGAAUGUGGUAAAGUGUUUAGUCGCAGGUCAUUUCUAGCAAAGCAUCAAACAAUCCACACUGGAGAGAAACUUUACAAGUGUAACGAAUGUGGUAAAGUGUUCAGUUGUAAAUCAUAUCUUGCAAAACACCUGAUGAUUCACACUGAAGAGAAACCUUUCAAAUGUAAUGAAUGUGGCAAGGUGUUCAGUCGCAAUCCCCAACUUGUGCGUCAUCAUAGCAUUCAUACUGGAGAGAAACCUUAUAAAUGCAGUGAAUGUAGCAAGGUGUUCAGUCUAAACUCAUCCCUAGCACGUCAUAUGAGAUGUCAUACUUUCCAGCUAGUCUGGGACCCUCGCUCAGCCAAGAGAGGGAUCUUUGUGGCUUCCCAGUGCACUGAACCAGCCCGGCAGAUCCUGGGCGGACCGAGGGUGGCCUCACCAAUCCUGGCUGUGCUUGGAGACUCUGGAGUUCUGGGAGAUCCCGGGUCCACACUGCACAGUGAAUCCAGCAUCCCUGAAAGGUUGGACCUUUGUAGGAGAAACUACACUGUGAGAACCGGACAGGGGAGGGCGGACCCCGGCCACGUCCAAUAUUCACGUUUCCCACCCACCGCUAACGUAUCCCCGCCCACCGCCCGAGUUUCCCCGCCCAUUGCUCGCGUCUCCCAGCCCACCGCUAACGUAUCCCCGCCCACCGCCCGAGUUUCCCCGCCCAUUGCUCGCGUCUCCCCGCCCACCGCUAACGUGGUCAGCUCCGAGUUCCCUAGCGUCUCCCUGUCAGGAUCUAGGUCCCUAGAGAAUUUCAAGGCCCCGCCCCGCUCGCUGCACCCUACUAAAUUCGGACAGCGAUGUGAAGGCCACAUGGGUCCUGCGGGGCGGAGGUGCUGGAGGCCGGUCCUGCCCAUCCCGCGCGGGCCGCGGACGCCUCCCUCCUCCUCCUGUGCUCGCCUGGCCCGCUGCCCUCUCUGCGGCCGGCGCGGUCCUCACCGCAAGGGGAUCCGGCCUCUUCUGAGUCUCCCCUCUGGGGACCUGUUGACAUUUGGGGAUGUGACCAUAGAAUUCACCCAGGAAGAAUGGAAAUUCUUGGACCCUGUUCAGAGAACUUUUUACAGAGAGGUGAUGUUGGAGAACUACAGUAACCUGAUCUCUGUAGGAAUAUCUCUUUUUGACCUGAAUAUUGUUUCCAUGUUGGAGCAAGGAAGAGAGCCCUGGAGGGUGGAUGGCCAAGUAAUAGUAUCAAGAAAUCCACAUGAGUGGAAAUGUGUCAAAGAUACAAACACAGAUAUGUCUCCUAAAUUUGUCAUCAAGGAAUUUCCACCACAAAAGAACAGUGAUGCAGGAGAAAUAUUCCAGACAGUAAUGUUGGAAAGACAUGAGAAUCAUGACACCAAAGACUUGUGCUUUAAAGAAAUUCAGACAAAUACACCUGAUGUUGAGUGUCACUGGAGAGAUGAUAAAAGACUUGACACAGGAUUCUGUGCAAUUCAUAAGAAAAAUCUCACAGAUAGACGAGAUGAACAUGGUAGAAGGGAUCUAAGGCAGAAGCAUAUUACAAAUUGGCUUGGAGUAAACUUUCAAUCACAUCUGCCUGAACUGCAGGAAUUUGGUAGAGAAAAGAAUGUUAAUCAGUGGAAUUACACUGAGCAGUCUAUCAAAAAUGAUUCCUCAGUUUCAUUACACCAAAGAAAUCCUUCUAGUGUCAAAACAGACACUUCUCAUAAAUAUGAAAAUGAUUUUAUUGAUUCGUUAUUGUUCACAGAAGAACUAGGGAUGCCCAUUAGUGCAAAACCUUGUAAAUCUUUUGACCAAGACUCACACUUUACUAUCCAUCAGCUAGUCCAUUCUGGAAAGAAACAAUUUGUAUGUGAUAUAUGUGGCAAAGUCUUCAAUUAAAAACCAAACCUUAGAAAUCAUUGGAGAACACAUGCUGGAGAAAAACCUUACAAAUGUAAUGAUUGUGGAAAAGUCUUCAAUCAUAUUUGUCGACUUUCACGACAUCGGCGAAGUCACACUGGAGAGAAACCUUAUAAAUGUAAUGAAUGUGGCAGAUUGUUCAGUCAAAGUUCAAACUUUACACGUCAUCAGAAAAUUCAUACUGGAGUAAAAACAAACAAGUGUAAUCAGUGUGGCAAGGUAUUUAGUGCGAAGUCAUACUUAGCAAAUCAUCAGAGAAUCCAUACUGGAGAGAAACCUUACAAAUGUAAUGAGUGUGGUAAAGUUUUCCGUACUAAUUCACAUCUUACAAAACAUCUCAGCAUUCAUACCGGAGAAAAACCUUACAAAUGUAGUGAGUGUGGUAAAGUUUUCCGUACUAAUUCACAUCUUACAAAACAUCUCAGCAUUCAUACUGGGGAAAAGCCUUACAAAUGUAAUGAGUGCAGUAAAAUUUUCCGUACUAAUUCACAUCUUACGAAACAUCUCAGCAUUCAUACUAGAGAGAAACCUUACAAAUGUAAUGAAUGUGAAAAGGCCUUUAAAUGUAAAUCAUACCUUGCCUGUCAUCAAAGAAGACAUACUAGAAAGAAACUAGAAUGUGGCAAAAUAUUCAGUCUAUAUUCAUCUCUAGCACAUCAUCAGAAACUUCAUUCUGCAAGGAGACCUUAGUAAUGUAAUGCGUGUAUUAAAAUUUUUAGUCAAAUUUGACCUUAUGCACCAGAGCACUAAUGGGGUAAGACAUUUUAUAAAUUCAUGCCUCAAAAGCUUUGCCCUCAGUUGUCACCAAAGAAUUCAUACUGCAAAGAAUUCAUCCUUACAAAUGUAAUGCAGUUGUAAAUUAACAAAAUUCAGUGUUCUCCAUGUCAUAGAAUGUAUAUAAAGAAAAGGUCAUUCUGUAUCCGGCAUGAAAGUUGUAUCUUGCAUACUUCAGAAUACUGUAAUCCCAAGUUAAACAGUUAUCAUCAUGAUAUUCAUCAAAGAUGCAAGGACGUUUGUAAAUGGCCAGAUACUUUCAGGUUGUAAAAUGCACUAUUAUUUGAGAUUUUUUUUUGAAAGACAACCUAUAUUUGAAUUUCAGUCUGAACUUUGAAAUGUGUUCAUGUACUUUUCUUACAAGCUUUUUUCAUGGUGGUUUCUAAAAAGGCAUCAAUAAAAUGAAAGGCCUUACCUCACGAAGUAAGAAUACUCCUGUCCAUUUCCAUUUAGAAUCAGGAUACUGCCUUUUAUUAAACAUUGUUCACCUUAACAGUAAUUUCACUUGAUGUUCUACUAUAUGUCUGUAAUCCCAGCUUGGUAGAGUUAAGCAGCAGGAGCACAUUUGGUGGCAGCAAGCAACUAGUGAGUCCCUAUGAAACUAAAACGGGACUGAGGAUGUAGUUCAGCAGUAAAGCAUUUCUGUUGCAUGUGUCCUGUGUUUAAUCCCAAUACAAAUAUAUGUAUGUAUAUGGAAGGGAGUGAUUUACGAUACCAGUUAUCUGCUGUUCCAUGAAUUUUCCAGAAAGAAACUGAGUGUACAAAACAUGACCCAGACAAUUUCAGCUUGGCAA